CAAGAUGGCGUCGUCACUUUCUGACGAUGAGUUCAAUCGAAUGCAGAUACAGCUGCUCGAACUACGGACACAGAAUUACCAGCUUGAUGACCGGUGUAAAAGACAGACGAGAGAUUUACAGAGUUUGACUGAGAAAGUGGAUCAGCUGGAGAAGUCACUUGAGAGAGCCAAUAAGACCAUCACUAAAAGUAAAAAAGCCAAGGAGUUUGAUUUACUCAUCCAAGAAAAUGAUCAGCUUCAGAGAAAGAUCUUAUCGCAAGAAGAAGACUUCCACUUGCAGAACACGACUCUCAUGCAAGAAUUGAACACGCUUGUAUCCUCAAAUGAAGAACUCGAGAAACAAUUGAGAAGUUCUAGGGAUGGAGGCGUCGCAGUAGAGAAACAUGAUCAGAAUGAGGCCAGUGAUGACAUCAGGAGACUCCAGGCGGAAAAUAUGGCGUUGCAGAAAAAUGUGGCAGUUCAACAAGACAAGUUUGAAGAGGAGCGAAUGCGGUUCAAAGAAACAAUACAACUUCUAAAAGAUAUCAACAGCGAUCUUGAGAAUCAGUGCUCGAAGCUCGCCGGCCGCAGAGGAACACCCGCUGGAGAUGAAAAUGCGGAGUGCCGAACAGUAGAAGGACAGGAUGACCCAGCUGUAGCUACUGAUACUGUGGAUGGGGUGCCACCUAUUGAGGAAGAUGACUCGAGUCCCAGAUUAAGGAAUGCCUCGUUCACGGAGCUGAUGAACCUCGUCACCAAGUCAGAGAACAACAACGAGGAUCUACAACAACAGAUGAAGGAAUUGAAUGAUCUAAGAUUAAAGUUAGAUACAGAAGUUGAGGAGAAGAAGAUGCUAAAGGACCAAUUGAAUACUUUAGAGAAAAGUUCCAAGGAUCAAAUCAACACCCUGCAAACAGACGUUGAAAAACUGACAGAAAAGUUACGCAAGAAACAAGAAAGUUAUGUGAAACUUCAGGAAGAAAAGGAGAAGCUUUACAAAGAGACCAGUUACUUUACCACAGUGUUUAGUGAGAAGUUUGAUGAGCUGCAGACGAGGAAGGAUCGUGAGAUCAGUCAGCUGAUGGAGCAGAACACUCGCAUGCAGGCUGAGGUGAUCACAGCCAAUCAGGCAGUGGAGGACUAUAAAGAACGACUGGGGCAGAAAAUCAGUGAGAUGGACUUGGUGGUGUCGACACUCACAGAUCAAGUUGAUGCAUCGAGUCAAGAGAACAACCAACAGCUUCAAGAGCAGAUCACUCGCUUCCAGCAGCAGAUAGAAGAGCUCGAUGGUAAUCUGGCCAAGGUGACACAUGACCUGGAAGACACCCGGCUACAACUCAAGGAAUGUCAGCACGCCAGCUCGAUCACUCUUGAACAGCUCCAUGAGGCUCAGAGAGAACGAGACAAACAGAUACAAGCUCUACAGGAAAUCACUAAGGUUGCUGAAAAGAGAAAGAGUUUGCUGGAUGAACUUGCCAUAAAGUAUCAGAAGGAGUGCGAUGAUCAUCGGGAGAUCGUCAAAGUGACUGAGAGCAGACAUAGGAAGGAGUUGGAUGAUUUAUGUGAUCUACUAGAUCAGGAAAAGGCUAAAACACAGGACUAUGGCAAGAUGAAGGUGAAACAUGAUGAGAUAGUCACCCAGGUGCAGUCCCUGGAGGAAGCCAAGGGCUGGUUAGAGAGGAGACUCGAUGAGGCGGAGGAAAAUAUGAAAGAGAAAGUGUGCGGCUACGAGAAGGAUAUUGAAACCCUGAAGGCAGCACACACAGAGGAGUUUGAAGCUCAAGGCACUGAACACAAGAGGCAAAUUGAGGAGUUGGAGAAGCAGAUGACACAGCUGAAGGAAGUCUUGGAUGGGAAGGAGGUGGAGAUCACCAACCUGCACCAAGAGAUCAAGGAUGGCGUCGAUGAGAGGAAGAUACAUGAGAAGAAAGGAGCAUCACUGAUGAAAGACUUGAAGCACCAGCUGCGAGGCGAGAGAAAGCGGGCCGAGAAGCUUCAGGAGAGGUUACAGGAGUUACUCUCCGACACAAAGAGCAGGCAAUCAAUGGAGGAGUUGUUCCGGCCGAUUGAUCCAAAUGAUCGUUACCGUGGUGACAACAGCUCGAUCUCAUCGUGGAGUGCCAGUGGUCUGGGCCGAGACAACACCCCAUCGUUACAAUCUCCACAAUCCAACCAUGAUAUGUCAUUUGGAGCAACUAGUCCUAUAAAAGAAGAUUCGCCACCGCGGACGCCACCUAGUGUCCUUGAACAGGAAAAUAAUGAUCUCCUCGCACGGAUAGGUGAGCUGCAGCAGGAGAAGUGGAUGUAUGAGGAGAAGCUUGCACACUUGGAGGCGAGCACAGCUGCCAUGGCUGAGGACCUCCUCACCAAGACAGCCAUAAUAGAUCACUACGUCAUGAACUCAAGAACAGAUCUUAUUCCGCAGUCUCCCUCGAGUGAAAAGCUCACAUUUAAACGCGUGAUGGACUUUGUGAAGGAUAAGGGUGAUGAGAACAUGCGUGAAGUAAAUAGGAAGUUACAGCGGGUCCUCGAGGAAACUCUUACCAAGAACAUGCAUUUACAGAAGGAUAUGGAUUCGCUAUCAGAGGAACUGGUGAAACUCAGUAAGGUUCAUCCAACGUCAACACCAAUCUCUAGCCCCUCGAAGCCAUGAUCUGAGACAGACAACCACAUGUGAUGCCAUUCCAUUAUGCUACGCUAAGUUUUGGAACAAGUUUAUAGUUCCAGAUCAUGACUCACAAAGAUGAUCAAUUCACCUCUUCCCGCAUGAGCACCCCUCAUGGUAGAGCUUGGUUGUGGUGUAACAAAUGGUAGGCCUUUGAUCUUUCUGACAUUGCAUCACUACUGACGUCGAUUUCAACAGUGUCUGGCCCAACCAUUCCACCUCAGAGGUACUUGUCCAGAAGUAGGCUCAUUGAUGAAUUAAGGACCAUUGUAUGAUGAUUAAUGAUGAAGGUGAUUACAUCACUUCAGGGUUUGUAAGUUUUAGCCAAAGUUUCUUUGCCUAAGGUCUUAUUAGUAUUCUUGGACGUCCAGGGAAUGGUAUAUUUAGUAUUCCUGUUAUAGUGUUGAGUGACAGUGUGUAAGGAAAGUGGUGUUUGUAGGAUGGUUUAGUGUGCAAAAGGUAAAAACAGGGCCAUAAUUAGUGGGGAGGGGCGGGGCUACUGCUACCCUGAACAUCAUGGAAACUCGCAAUAACUAUUAUCUUGUUCAGUUUUGAAUAGGCAGAGCAAUGUCCCAGGAAACGUUAUGUGAGAAAUGACGUCCUCCAAAUAACUCCCCAGAUCUUGACAACUCGCACUUUCCUUGAACUCUGCCCAAUACACUGCCAUUUUCAUUCCUUCCUUCAAUAAUUGUGAUGUAACAGAUGUCUAAAUAAGAGACCAGCUCAUUCCAACUUGUUAAAAACGACUUGAACAUGUGCUAUCACUAAGUAGCAGAAAAAGGACAGUCGCGUUUGCCGAGUUAAAUGACCUGGCAUAUAUAAGAUGUUUAUAAAUAACCUAAGAGAUCAUGAUGUCUAGUCAAGUCUUAUUUUUGUUCUUUAGCUCAAGAUUAUGUUUAGCAUCAGAGUGUUUGUUUUGUAAGAAUUGAUGUGUUUAAAGUCUUAAAGAAUUAUAAAUCUUUCCAAUUGGGCGGUGUGUGUCGUUUGUCCAUGUACAGUUCCUUAGUAUUGCUAUGAAGGCUUCAUAAAGCUGGAAGUGUGUGGGGUGGGGGAGGGAGUCUAGACUUGCUCUUGUAGAAUUGAAUGUUGCUGCAGCCUGUCAACAAAUGUCCAAUUUGUUUAUUUAGAUCCGGUGAUGGUGUAAUGGAGAUCUGACUAUGAUAUAGAUAAGGUCAAAUAGUCUUGUUAUGCUGAGUAUACACAGGUAAACAAUCAGUGUUGUAUGACUCAUAGUUUGCUCAUCAUUUACAAACCUGUCAUUAAUCUGUUUGUGGGAGCGAUCAACUGACUUCACUGUUCAGUUCUGGGUGUUCUGCUUCAUGGUUUAUGAAGGAAGUCGGGCAGUGGACUCACCAACAAUCUCGAGGAUGACAGGUAGGUCAAGCUGUCAUCCAUAAGAUGAUGUUACAUAACCAAGAGGCGAGGCCAUCUCCCAACUCAUUCACCAAGCUGUUAGCCAGAGUCAGCCCCCCCCCCCGGGGUCAGCCAGUCUGCAUGUGUUGUGGGAAAUGGGUUUGAGUGACGAACUCUUGAGGUACAUGUGUGUACAUAUCUAGUCAACCAUGUAAAUGUUGUACAGAGCAGAUUCAAUUGUUGUAAUAUUCUUAGAAUCUAUUCAUGGUGAAGGUUGACUUUGUUCUAGCAGUCACCUCCAUUUACAGGACACUUAUUUCGUGAAGUUUCAGCCAAAGUUUGUGAGCUAUAUCAAGUGCAUUUCAUUCUUGGCAUAUUGCUGUUAUCAUAUCUCAAUACUGUAGUAACGUUGUCAAAAACCAAACCAUAGUCCUCAUUCAAUCUCGAUAUUGUGCAAUUGUUCACUUAUUAGAUCUUUUAAAAAGGUUAAGAAUUGUCAAUAUGUAUAUAUAUACUUUGAUGUACUAUGGAGUAGACCAAUAACCAAAGUAUUUCACUUCAGUUGUGAAGUAUAUGUCACUAUGUGCUAAUGAUUGAGCUGACCAUAAGCUGGUGUCGUCUACGAGAUAUCGGGCAAGAAUCAAUGCAUGGUUGGUUGGUCACACUUGCGAGACGACCUCCAAAUUAAGCAGGAAAGCUAUCGUCUGAUGACGCCUUUUAAAAUGGGAUCGGUAGGUCAUUUGGUGACGUCAGUAAGACAUCAGUCACAUCAAUUUCAGAAUAGAUGUGAAGUAAAGAACCCCAUGAUUGCAAUGUGUAAAGUUAGGACAAUUCAUGUAGGAUAUAUUGUCGCUGUUCUGACAGCCUAACAGUUUUGUGAUUAGUGGCAAGUUGGUGAAAUGCCUGAAUACCAAGAUGUUGUGAGGUUCCUUUCAUUGUAUGGUUUUGUUUUAUAUUUCGUAGAAAAAACAGUGUUUUAGAUCUGUGAAUAUGUACAUAAUAUUAUUAUUUAUGAACUGUAUAUUUUCGUUUUAUCGGUGCUGUAUAGUUAUAUGUUAAUUGGCCAGAAUAAAACUGGAACAUUCAAAACAAAA